GACUUCCUGACGGAUCACUGUAACUUUACAGCCCGAAGAGCAACUUGAGGUCGUUUCCUAUCCUAAAUACUCGUAUCAGAUGCGCACAUAUCCGUCAGCCUUAACCUAAUGACCCAGCAGGAGCAGCAUGAGUUCAGGGAAAGUCUGGAGGAAGCCCGAUCCUGGAUGCAGGCCAUCCAGGAGAGGCUCAAACAAAACGAUGACACCAAAGGGCCCAGAUCAGCACUGGAGGUCAGGCUCCGAGAGACAGAGAAAAUCCACAGCUUGGAGCCUGACGGCCAAGUGAAGAUGGACCGAGUGCUUGUUGCUUCUGAAGCACUUCUUCGGAAUGGAGAUGAAGAAUUAAAGAAUCAGACUCAUUGCAAACUCAAAGAUUUGAAGGCUUUUUAUGAUGACACGUUAACUUACAUCAUUCACUGUCACAGUCGUAUCGAGUGGGUUUGGCUGCACUGGAGUGAGUACUUAAAGGCUCAUGAGGAGUUUGGCCUGUGGCUGGAGAAGAUGCACCGCUCUCUGGAGCCUUUGCUGGAGAUGCAGCUGGGUCUGCAAGAGAAGCUGUGGCAGGUGGAUCAUCUGCGGGUUCUCCACAGCGACAUCCAGGGCCAGGCCCAGUUUCUGGAGAGGCUCCUGGAUGAGGCCGCAGCUCUGUUCAACCGUACAGGAGACCCAAGUGUGGAUGAGCAGACUCAGCAGGGUCUUCAAGAGGCCUACAACCACAUUCGAGACCGAGCACAGGAGAGGUUGACAUUGGCGCAGAAAAUAGCAGAGGAGCACCAGCAGUACCAAAGCUGCGUUCAUAAAUUCCAGAGCUGGCUGGUGUCUAAAACAGAAGAAGUGAGUCGUUUCAGUGAUGUGGAUGAUUCGACACAGAACAGGCUGAAAGCGCUGCAGGAUCUGGGUGCUAGUAUAGCCAAAGAAGAGCUGACUCUCCAGCACAUUGAAAAGCUGUCGGAGGCGGUGAAGGCCAACACGUCUCCAGCAGGAGCGGAGAAGAUCACACAGGAGAUAGAAGAGUUGAGACUGGCCUGGCAGAGGCUCCGACAGACACUGCUGGAGCUUAAAGAGGAGCUCCAGAUCUCGCUGGACUCUGAGAAUGAGUAUUCAGAACGCUGUAAAGAGCUGUGGGCAGAUCUGGCGAAGCUUCGAACCCUAGUCCAGAAGCUCAGCGGUGAUCUGGAGAGCAGAGAUGGAGAACGCACGGAGGAACACAUGGUUGCUCAAUGGAAGAUGCAUACGGGUGUGCGCAACAAGCUCAUCGCGCAGGAGCCCAGUGUGGAAGAGCUGAAAUCCCGGUUGAAAGAGCUUUUCCGAUUCCCACAAGACUCCAAAAGUCUUUCUGAUGAGGUGCUGGCAGUGGUGAAGGAGUACCAGAGUGUGAAAGGCAGAUCCUUCCGGCUGUCCUCUGAGAGCGAGACGGCGCUCCGGCAGAUACUGCAGGAUCCACUGCAUGGCUUCAGCCAGUGGAGUCAGUUGGUCUCUCAGGUGCUCGAGGCCUCCUCCGACGUCACUGAAUUCUCCCAUAUCGCCCUGCUCGUUCAGAAUAUAGAGAAGUUGCUUAAAAACAGCGUGCAGCUCCAGGAGCGCUUGAGUUUGCUCCAGGUGAAGAGUGAUCUGCUCAGCGCAGUUUUUGGCCAGGAGAAAGCUGAAGAUCUGUUGGGGGAGCUCAGCGGGGAUAUGAGGAAGAGAGAGUUACUCCACAGCCAGCUCCAGCAGCGCAAGAACCGCCUGCAGGGUUUAAUAUCUAAAACAAAGGACUUUUCCAACGCUUACGACUCCAUACACACAAAACUAUCCUCCAUAAAAGACCAGUUCGUCUCCACAGAUGGACUCCAACCAGACAUUCUAGCCAAGAAGAGCCAGGCCGACCAGCUUCGGGUCAUUAGAAAGGACUUGGAGGAGUGCGAAGCCCAUAUCAUAGCUCUGGAGACGCUGGUGUCAUCCAACCCUACAAACAGGACCAAGUUUGAGCGUCUGUAUGCUGACUGGAGACUGCUUUAUAAGGCGCUUCGGAUGAAGGUGAACGAAAGCGAGGAGAACAUCGGAGAGCAUGAGAGCUUUCAUGAAAACAUUCUGAACAUGGAGAAGUGGUUAAUGAUCAUGAAGCAGAAGUUGGAUUCGUUUCGUGGAUCAGAGGGAGAAUGGAGCAUUGACAACCGCCAGCAUGAGGCUGAGAGGGCGCUAGGAGAGUUUCCAGAGAAGGAACUUCAGCUUCAUCAGACAGAGGCUCAGGGUCAUACUGUGCUGGCCAAAACCUCGGAAGAAGGCAAAGUGCACAUUCUGCAAGACCUCAAACGUCUCCGAGAGUCCUGGAUGUCCCUCCACACGCUCAGUCUCAAUCUGUACAGGCUUCUUCAGACCACUGAGUUCCAGGACAGAUGGGCAGACGGGCAUCAGCAGGGAUUAUCUUCAGACUUUGAGGAGGGAUUCAUCACAGGUGAUAAAAGACCAGAUCCGCUUCUGAGAUUCCAUCAUGAAGCAGAAUCAACGGGUCUUCAAGAGCUGGAGAGAAGCACGGAAGCAGACCAGGAUCUAAUUCCAGCCAUUGUCCUCGGAAGCAUCCCAAGUCCUAGAGAUUCAGAAGUCUGGAGAAGAGAGAGAAGUGUCCUCGACCAGUCUUUGGAUGAUGAGGUGGAUGCAGUCACGUCUGGAGUUAACCGUACUGUAAACAGAAAGAAAAUGCAGAUGGAGAUGAAGGGGGGAGGUGACUUGGUCGGGAGUGCUGGUUGGACUGGGGAUUGGGUUACAGAACACAUGACUAGUUCUGGUAUUGAUGAACUGGACAUGCAUGGCAGAUAUGAAACAGAGCCUGAAGUUGCACAGAAAAGGAUGAAGCCAUCACAGAUCAGACAUGAUGACACACUGACGGGUUCUCAGGGGCCCCGACGUCCUGCUGAUACGGAGGCCCAGAGGAGCCAGUUUGAAGCGUGGCUUCACAAGCAAAACGACAAACUCACAGGAAUUUUGAGCAACCAAAGAUCCCUGAGCGCUAAAGAACUGAGGAUAAGACAGAAUACACUCAAGGAUUUGCGUGCAGGUGUAGUCUGGGGUCAGAGUCAGUUCCAGAAACUGUUGGAAGAUCAGCAGCAUAGAUCAGUGGAGGACAUGGAGCUGGAAGAGCUGCGGUAUCGCUGGAUGUUAUACAAAUCCAAGCUCAAAGAGGCUGCUGAUCUGAAAGAGAGUGUCGGUGGACAAAUACAAGAGCAUGUCCGAUCUGGAAAGGCGAGCAGUGGUCCGGGCUUCUUGUAUCGUGUGUGUCGCGUGGCUCUUCCUCUCCAGCUGCUGUUACUGGCUCUGCUGCUGUUGGCCUUCUUGCUGCCCAUGAUGGACGAGGGCACCAGCUGUUCUCUGGCCAACAACUUCGCCCGCUCCUUCAACAUCAUGCUCCGCUACGACGGUCCUCCACCCACUUAAAACAAAACACUCCAAUCUGUGCUUCUUUUUAUUUAACCUAUAUAUGUAUGUUUUAUCUUUGUUUUAAGUCAUUGAUUUUAUUCCUGUUACCAUUCAAAGUUAUUUUAUUUUUGGUUCUCAGCUGGUGUCAUUAUGCCGUACACCCACCGGUGGACCCAGCAGAUCAGAAACUGCGUGUGCGUGCGUGCAUGCAUGCGUGCGUGCGUGCGUGCAUGUGUGUGUGUGUGUGGGUGGAUAUAUGGCAUAGACACUCACAACCUGCUCGACAUGAUUCAAGCUGUUCAUUUCUCCACAGGCAUUUGGAGAAAGCAGUGCAGCCUUUACAAGGAGCGAAACAUUUCCUUAAAGACAUCUUUUACUCAGGAUCACUUGUGUUUUUGGUAGUUCAUCUGCGUUUUAAGGGAUUGUUCACCCCCAAAAUAGAAUUUCUGUCUUUAUGUAUUUACUGUUUUCAUCCACCAUAUCAUAUCUUUGUUCUAUGGAGCCCAAACCGAGAUCAUUUGGAAUAAACACAAAUUGCUCACAUGAUGAAUGUCAAUGGGGUCCAAAAUUGUGGGAUUUAGUUUUUUGGUAAGGAAUAACAAUAGUUUUAUUUUAAAAAAAGAUGUUCUAAAGACUAUUGUG